UUUCUCUCUCUGCUUACAGAGCAGGGUUUGGGUGGACAAGCUCUUGCCAAAUGACUUCACAGAAGUGCCCGGAUGUCUGGUGCUGAUGUCCUGUGAGUUCUUCAUCAUGGUAUUUGCGCAGUGUACUAUGUUGUCUGGGAAUAUUGGUUCCUUCUUUUCAUUUUAGGGGCUGGUUAGGAACUGUAUACAAACAUGCCGUGCAAUUAAGGUCAAGUUUCCUCCUUUUUGAAGGUUUAUGAAAGAGGUGAGUUUCCUCAGUAAACGCAUGUCAUUGCCCAGUCUUUUUCUGGCGUAGAUGCUGUGGCAGGGUUAACCACUUGUGCGGUUCUUUGAUGAACCUCUUAAAUUCUUAAUGCAUGCACAGUUCAAUUGGGUCCUGGAAUCACUGCUGUUUGACUUUUCCUGUACUUUGUUUCGGUGAUGUUGGUAUUAAUGUCUUUUGACUUGGCUUGCUUUGAUGGGACGGAAGAGAAAUCUUUGUUCUGUGGCCUAAUUUUUUUUGGUGGGGACUUUCGAAUUUCAUCUCGGAACUGUGAUAAUUCUUUGUGUGAAGGCAUGGAUUCUUUUGUUUCUUUUGAAAGCUUCUUGAUCAUCGAGAGGGUUUCGUGAAGUCAAAGAUGAAUUCUUCCUGAAUGUUAUAUGGGGAAGAAGAUGUGUUGGUUCGGCUGGAUAAAGAGGAUCUUUGUCCCUGACUCAAGAGGAAAAGCAGAAAAGAAAUCAAGGAAGUGGGGGUGGUUGUUUGGAGGGCUUAAGCUCAAACAAUGCCCUCAACUUGCAGCACCACAUGCGAAAUUGAGUCGGGCGAUGGAGGAACAGAGGAAGCAUGCCCUGACAGUCGCCAUGGCCACGGCGGCCGCUGCCGAGGCAGCAGUUGCAGCCGCCCAUGCCGCAGCAGAGGUGGUCCGGUUGACCGGCGCUUCUCAAACACAGCAUCGCAGUUACAGAGGAGAUCCACACUCGGCUGCCAUCAGAAUUCAAAGCGCUUUCCGGGCAUAUCUUGCGAGGAAGGCGUUCCGUGCACUAAAAGGACUGGUGAGGCUACAAGCUAUUGCCCGUGGCAGAGCUGUGAGACGCCAAAGAGUUGCCACACUGAAGUGUUUGCCUCCCUUUAGUGCGAGUAUGCAACCUUCUGUCCUGCAAAGGAGUGCAUCCCGAAAUGGAGGCUGUGAAGUUUGUGAGAAGAAAGAUCUUUCCAAGUCCAGAAGAGAACAAGCAGAAACAGAAGCAAAGCUCGAUUGCCCCAGCCAGAGGAUUUGGAACUGCAGCGCAUACUCGAAGGCAGACCUUGAAGCCAAUCUGCUAAGGAAGCAAGAUGCAAUAAGCAAAAGAGAGCGUAUGAAGAAAUUUUCAUACUCCCACCGGGAAGGACGAGGUCCUCAAGUUCCGGAAGAAUUUCAAUGGACCAAGGACUAUGGGAGGUGGAGCUGCCGCCUAGAGCCGUGGCCCGACUCAGAUGCUUACGCGGACGAGAGACCACAGACUUCAAUGCCCAUUGCACAUUCGGAUGCAAAUAGUGGCAAAAGACACGAAAUUAGACGAGAGAAGCUGGGAAGCACCCGCGACAAGGAUUUAAGCGAGGUGCUGAACAUUCCAUCUCUACCAAGGAGAUCGUUUGGUCAUGCGAAACAGUUAUCAAUCACCGACGAUGGCACCGUUCCUAGUUCGCCAGUUUUUCCUACUUACAUGGCGAUCACCGAAUCCGCAAAGGCAAAAGCGAGGUCCAUGAGCACGCCGAAGCAGCGAGUCGGAUACUUUGAUGCUGCGCAUGAUCAGGGUUUCUUCUGUAAGAAUGGACUCUCUCUGUCAUACUCUUUCAAUAACGGGGACUAUGGGAGCGCAAAUAGGAACAUCGCAACUUCUCGAAGAGUAUCAGAAGGCACAAAUCGUCGAUACUGACCUGUUGGAAGCCUAAACCCCGCCGCGCUUCACCCGUCACCGAGGCCACACAAGAUCGAAACUAACUUACACUGGUGUCUUCUCUUGCCACGGAUGCUUGGAAUAUGUUUUUUUGAGUACAUAAUCCAUCAGUAGGUAAUUGCCAAUGCCUUUCGUUUACCUUUGUGCUGGUUUUUUGGGGGUGCUUGUGGUUUGUCAUUGCAGCUGUUUGAGCUUUGCCUUUUGCGUUCUUUUUCCUUCUUGGUUUUUUCUGAAAGAGCAUUCCGUGCAACAAGGAGUGGGUUUGUGUUGGAUAGUUUCCUUUCAUGAUACUAGUCAUGUAAUUUUAGUUUCUUUCUUCGCCCGCCGGGCCGCAGAAUUGCUGUAUGGUUGCCCUGUUACAGAAACUUUCCUCCUGAUCGAACGGACAUUGUGCGGUAUUUUAUUGGUGAAAGUCCAAUCUUAGU